UUUCCAUUUGUAAAUAUGGAUCAGGAAAUAGAGAAGAGAAAUAAGCAAAGUUCAAGAAAAGAAGAAGAAAGUGAACAAGAGAAAUUUGUUUAUGAUGGUUCUGUGGAUUAUAAAGGCAAAGUUCCUGUUCGUGCUUCAACUGGUGUUUGGAUUGCAUCUCUCUUUGUCCUCACAAUUGAAUUUAGUGAAAGAGUGAGCUUUUUUGGAAUAGCAGCAAAUCUGAUAUCAUAUCUUACUAAGGUGAUGCAUGAAGAUCUGGAAACAGCAGCAAAGAAUGUAAACUAUUGGACAGGAACAACAACCUUAAUGCCUCUUAUUGGUGGAUUUCUUGCUGAUGCUUACACUGGUCGGUUUCCUAUGGUCUUGUUUUCUUCCCUUGUUUACCUCAUGGGGUUAAGCCUAUUGACAAUGUCUCAAUACAUUCCAAGUUUAAAGCCAUGCAACACAAAAACAUGUCUUCAACCAAGAAAGCUUCAUCAAGUAGUUUUCUUUCUUUCACUUUACUGUAUCUCCUUGGGUACUGGAGGACACAAACCAUGUUUAGAAAGCUUCGGAGCCGAUCAGUUUGACGAAAAUCACAUUGAAGAAAGGAAGAAGAAGAUGUCUUUCUUCAAUUGGUGGAGCUUUGCCUUGUGUUUUGCAAUGCUACUUGGUGCAACUAUGAUUGUUUAUGUUCAGGAUUUUUUUAGCUGGGGAGCUGCUUGUCUUAUUUUAACAAUUCUAAUGGCUCUAUGUAAUAUAGCUUUCUAUGUUGGGAAGCCUUUUUAUAGGUAUAGAAGGCCAGAAGGAAACACUUUAAAACCAAUUUUAGAGGUCCUAGUUGCAGCUAUAAGGAAAAGGAAAUUAACUUGUCCUUCAAAUCCGGAUUUGUUCUAUGAAGUUCCAAAGUCAGAUAAGUCCCAAGGAAGGCUUCUUUCCAAUACUAGCAAUCUAAGAAGAGUCACUGGAAAUGAAAGAGGAAUCAGCAUACUUAGAAGAAUUUCCAUUGGCAUAGCAUUUUCAGUCAUAGUUAUGAUUGUUGCAGCAUUAGUAGAAGCUAAGAGACUUAGAAUGCAUGAACAAGAAAAGACAAUGAAACUGAGUGUAUUUUGGUUGGUACCUCAAUAUUUCCUUCAUGGCUUGGGUGAUGCAUUUUGUCUGGUUGGUUUACAAGAGUAUUUCUAUGACCAAGUUCCUGACUCAAUGAGAAGCUUAGGAAUGGCUUUAUAUCUUAGUGUGAUAGGAGUUGGAAGUUUCUUAAGCAGCUUUUUAAUCACAAUUGUGGAUCAUGUGACUGAAAAGAAUGGAAAAAGUUGGUUUGGGAAGGAUAUAAAUUCUAGUCGUUUGGAUAAGUUUUAUUGGAUGUUGGCUAUUAUUAAUGCUUUGAAUUUGUGUGCCUAUAUUUACAUAGCAAAGAGGUAUACCUAUAAGAGUGUACAAAUGACAGGUGAUGAAAUUAAUGGUUGUGAGAGUGAUGGAAUAGAGAUGAUGGUGUGA